UAUCCUAGUCGGGGGGCACCCCUCAGGGGGUUGUUUAUCGUUGCAAACUAUCGCUAUCCUGAGUGGUAUACAAGUCAUAUGGUCAUGCCUUCGAGUGUAGACUACGCUGUCGUGUUUCUUUCUUUCCUUUCUCUUCCCUACCGGGAGACUAGAACUUGAAAGCUCUAAAAUGAUAUAUAUAACAGAACAACACGAUAUAGUUACACCAAGAUGCUCCAUAUCCCUAACAAUUGCUUCAACUAUCUUAAUAUGAAUUUAUAGUCUCUUACACGUGUGUUUCUUUUUUUUUAUGGCCUGUUAUCUUGGUUCCUCGUAUCGCUGUGAACUCUUCGCUGUGUGUAGGAUCACCCAAAGUCCAACUCAGAAUUAUAGUCUCUUAUGUUACCUGGCAAUCAACUCACCACUUGAUCACACUUUUUCUUAUUUACAAACAUUUGAAGGGAAGGAGCAUACCACCAGAAUCAGUUUCUUUUCCCCGAAAGGGACGAUUGUACAUAACCAACUUGAAGUCAUCACAAACAACCCACCAUCACGGGAGCCAGAGACGAUCCGUCUGUAUUUGCAAGCGUCUAGCAACUCAACAUUUCACUUGCUCUAG